AUGAAUAAUCAUAAAUGCUCGUCCUGUUUCAAAUUUAUUGCAAUUGUACGAUGCAAAGAAUGUGACAUCAAUAUAUGUUUCAACUGUGAUGAAAAUCUUCAUUAAGAUAAGAAGGAUACUCAUUGGAGAACAACCAUUUCAUUCUAAUCUCAAUCAGCUCAUUAACCUCAAAAUGAGAAUCUAAUUGAAGUGAUAAAGCUAAAGUAAAAACAAUUACAAGAAUUGAAGGACAAGGAAUCUCAACUAACUAAACAUUAUUAAGAUAGAAUGAUAUAAGCCAAAAAGAAAUAUGAAUUACAAAUUUCAGCCUUAGAGAAUAGAUGUAUAAAUAAUAGUAUAUGUAGUGUAAUAGGCUUAAUAAUUCAUGAAUGAAGUAAGUCAAGAAAAUGGGGAACUUGAUGUAGAUAAUAUGUAAAGUGAAUUGGAGAAUUUAGAAAAGAGUUUGAAAACAGAAAUUAAAAUAGCGGAAGAAGAAUAAAAAAAAUUGGAUGAAAAAACUCUAAAAGUUGAUACUUUGUUAGAUAGAGUUAAAAAGGCUACGGACAUAGAACAAUAACAAAUAUCUAAAAUGAAUGAAGUUAUAUAGAUCUUUAAAGCCUGUUCAGAAUAAUUAUAGAAAGAAAAAGUAAUAUUAUGAUCUAUUCAAGGAUCUAUUGAUGCUUGAUAAUGAAAAAUUGAUUGGAGAAGUAGAGAUCUUUGCUAAAUUCUUUGAUGAAAAUGGACCUUUGAUGGAAGAAUUAAAUGCCUAAAAGAAUAAUGAAUAAUAAUGAAAAUUUAUUUUUGUU